AUGUUUAUAAUAUCAUUUAGGACUAGUAUGUUUUCUCAAUUUUUCAAAAAAAGAAAAAUUUCCCACCCUCGUUAUCCUACUCAUUUAUAUCACGUUAGUAUUGGAGAAACUGGCGAACUUAUAGGUUUACCAAAAGAAUGGACUCUGGAGGCUCCUCAUGCUUUUAGAAAACAUCCAAUCGCAAAAAUAAUUCCACAAACACAAUCACCUGAACAACAGAAUAAUCCUCCUCCUCCAGAACCAUAUCCUCCUCCAAUAUCGCGUUCUCCUCCAUUACCACAAUCUCCUCUAAUACAUCCAAAAUCAAUAUUAGGAAGAAUAGGAAAGUCAUCUUCAGCACCUACAUCAACAGUAAAAUCACAUCAUGCUCUAUCUCAACAGAAGGAGAAAGAAAAUAAUGUAUUUUCUGAAUGGAUUGAUAAAGCAGUAUCUAACAAUUACUUAAAACUUCACAAGUAUGGAGUAUUUAGUGAUACUAGAGAAAUUGGUAGUGGUUCCUUUGGAACUGUUUAUUGUGCAUAUAAUAUCCAAUACGCAAAAUAUAUGGUUUUAAAAUCACUUAAAAUCAAUAAUAAAUUCACUACUGAACAAAUGCUUAAACAAAUUGUAAAUGAGCUUCAACAACAUCGACAAGUUGAAAUGCAUGAUAAUGUCAUAGCUUUAGGUGAAUAUAUGUUAGUUAUGGAAUAUGCUAAUAAUGGAACUUUACAUCAAUAUUUAUCCAAGAAUUUUAGUAAAAUGGAUUGGAAUAUAAAGUUAAAUCAUAAAGUUUUUAACGGUGGAAGAGAAAACAUAAUCCCAGGAACACCUAAAAUUUACGUCGACAUCUAUACAGCAUGCUGGCACGCUAAUCCUAUAAAACGUCCUAAAAUGUCACAAGUCGUAAAACUUUUAGAUAAAGUUGACAUCAAUGAUCCAAUACAAGUCGUCGAUGAUGUUCCUUCACCAGAUUUGACAACAAACAUAAAUGACCCACCAUCGAAUUCCACGGAGAAUCAAAUUAUCGGGUCAAAAACAUAUUUGUUUGAAAUCACUAGUACAAUGGAAAGAAGACUUUAUGAGGAAUAA